AUUUUAUUGCUAAGACGUUGUAGAUCAUUUGCCUUUGACUCUUGACUGGUUCUGUAGUGGAAGUUAAGAAAGUACGUAGGAUUCUGUGUCUGUCUACUCCAGUACCCCAGUUUUGUGAAAAAGAGAAAAAAGACUUAGAGUAAAUUUCUGAGACCAAUUCAGAAGAUUCUACGGUAAUUGCACUCUAAGAGCAUAAUACUGACUUUACUUGGUUCCUCCACAAUGGGGCAGAAUUUGCACAUGUAUGGGGAAGAACAUCUGCCAUAGAAGAAAAGGUAAAGGAACAGCUUCAUCUCAAAGUGUCCAUAAUGCUGGGAACUACUACCUGAACUUACUAACUAACUAAAUAUCUAAAUAACGACAGAAAUAAGCAAAGAAAUAAAGAAAGAAAUAAAGAAAAAAGACCUACUAUUUAUGUACAUGGUUACAAUGUCACCUUUACUCUUUAGUCUGCAGUCUGAAUCUAUUGUUCAGUUUAUAUAAAAAUCAGUGCUGUACUGCAGCCUAUGGGACUCAGGCUUCCUAAUUCUAACCACAUUUCUGCCUCCUGACUUCUGAACAUCAACAUUGAAUUUAGAAACUUAACACCAGUCUCCAGUGUCCUCAACACAGAAUGUGGACCUUGCACCAGGUUCUUCAUGAUAUUAGCUGUAUAAUGUAGAGGAAAAUUUUGAAAUUUGAAAUGGGUGAGGUUUAAAGUAAUAAAUAAUGUUUUUACUAAAUUAAAUAUGAAGUCUGUUAGACUAGAACAGGAAAAGGAAGGGGCGGAGCUUUCAUACCGAGUCAGUGAGUCCAGUGAAGGUGAAAGUGAAAGGAGUUUAGCUUGAUGUGCCCGAGUUCCUCUAAAGCAGAGGAUCAAGAAACAACCUUAGGAGAAGUAGAAAAGUCUGAAUCUAUAAGAAGAUAUAAAGAUGUCAGCUUCAGGUGGUUCCUCCUGGUUCUGGAAUCGUUGGGGGAAAUCUGAAGAGUCAGGGGGUGCCUCUGCAUUUAGGACUAAAAAGCCAAAUAUAAAGUGUUUGGUUUAUACAACUGGAAAAACACUGAAUUCCCACAAGCACUUCAUAGCUCAUCUUAAAAAACAAGUUCACCUGCAGGAGGUGUCUACAGAGGAUGAGUGUGAUUUCAUUCUGUGUUUCUGCCCGAUUGUGUCACGAGCUGGAACUGACAUUGAAGCAGCAAUGAAAAAGCUGCACAAUAUUCCAGACACCAAACCUGUAGUCCUGGUGGUGCUCCAUCACACGUUUAAUCCAGAGUGUGUUGUAUCAGACAGCAGCAGAUCUGUAAACAGAGAGAAUAUAAUCACAGUCGACUGUCUGUUCCAUGAAGAUUCUGGAUUACUGCAGUGUCAGAAGAAUAAUGAAGCAGUGACCAAAACUUCACAGUAUCUGGAGAAAAAACUUCAUAUAAUACUGAAAGGGCAAGUGGAAGGUGAAAGGUCAAAACCGAGAAAGAGUGCAAGAAGCAAUGAAGCGAAAGAUGAAGGAAAUAAAGAUAUAAAUAUGACACAUAUGAUACAGAGUAAUGAGGCACAGGAAAGCAAAAAUACUCCACAUAAGAGAAAUCACCAACUAAACCAAAAAGACAUUUUUGAGAAAAUUGUGAAAAGACUUGAGAUGCAGAAAAUAUUAGUUAAGGAAAAUGAAGAGGAUUUAAAGGAUUUACAAGCAUGUUUUAACACUGAGCUGCAGAACAAGAACGAGCAACUACAGGAGAUGAUGAACGUAGUGGAGCAACAGAAAAGUGACAUAGCAGAAAAAAACAAAGAGCUUGAAGAGAAAGAGAGUCUUCUAACUGAGAGAGAGACACAGCUUCAGGAGAAAGACAGACUUCUGACAGAAAAUACACAAAAACUUCAGAUGAUGGAGAAGACACUGGAAGACAAGGAGAAACAGCUCAGAGAGAUAGAAGAAGAACUGGGAAUAACACAUAAGAAAGUGAGACAACUGGAGAGUGACCUGAUGGAAAAAGAUGAAGAAAUUCAGAAGAAAGACAGACUUUUGGAUGAAACUGCACAAAAACCGCAGAUGAAGGAUGAGACCCUGGAACAGAAGGACACACAGUUCAAACAGGAGAAACAAGAAGAAGAAGAAGAAGACCAUGCAAACACAGGGAUUGGAGAAUUACAAAGGACAAAAUCUCAUCUGGAAUUAGGGGGUAAAUCACAGGAAAAUGAACACCAACAGGUAGAGAAGAUUAAAAGACAACAAGGGAAUGAAAACACAGAUGUGAAAAACAAUGAAAAUCUCACCCAAGAAAAAGACACAUUAUCUAAAGAUACAAAUAGAGAAUUAGAGGAAAAUAGAACUCCAUAUAAGGGACAUCAACAGCUGGUUCAGAAGGACACACAGAUACAGAAAUCACAACCAAAGGUGGAGGAAACAGAGAAAAAUGUGGAGAAGAAUAAAGAAUUACAUGGGAAAAAAGAGCAUCAGAAAGUUCAAGGCUCCCAAUCGAAAGAGAAAGAAACAGUUCAAAAUGAAGGAUUAUUUGAACAAAGUUUUACAAACAAUCUUUCUGAUGCAAUGUUAAUGGAAAGUACAGAACAGCAUAAGCCUGACGUGGAAACGUCUAAUCUAGCUGAGCAAGAGAAACAGCAUGAGGAAGACAGAUCUCAGUUAGGCAAUAGGGAAAACAACCAAGGAAGUAUAGGAGACACUGCUGGAGAAGAAUGAGAGUGAAAGGAAAUGGAACAGGUUAAAAAGGUUAAGGAAUUUUCCCCUGGGAUUAAUAAAGUUCUUUGAAUCUUGAAUCUUGACUCUUGAAACUGAAAAAGACACAGCAGGUUCAAGAAAAAAUCCAUAAUUCACAAAGAGCAACUGAAGCAACUGAUUCAUCCAAAAGAAACAAGAUCAUUACUUUUUCAUUUUAGAUUCCAUUUAUUACUAUUAUUUAUUAAUUAAUUAAUUAAUAUGCCUGAUUAUACCUUGUACUGACUAUAUCUUUAUCUAAUCUGUAAUUUUAAGGUCUGUUGAGAAAUUUCUCUCCUUGGUCUUGGUGAAAACUGUACUAUCUAUCUGUUCCACAGCUUUAAUAUAAAUAUAUACUGUUUUCCACACUGGAAUAUGAUGAACCAUCACUGAAUGAGACAUUUCUGACAGAAGAUAAAUUAGUAGCUUUGAGCAAUAUUUUUAUUUUAUGUGUGCAUCAUGAAAAUAUUCUUGUUGCCUCAAUUUAUUAAAUAAAUAUGGCAAGGGAAUGUUUGGCAUUGUGAUCUCGUUUGAUUAAAAGAUAACAGAAGUUCAUUUCAGCGGCAAAUAAUCUAAUAAAUCCAUCCACUUGUAAACAAA